CUCGCUUGCCCGCCCGCCUUAAAUGUGACACCGGCGCCUCGGAGUGCGACCCGAAGCCGCCGCCGGGGAGGGGACGAGCACCAUGUCGAAUCUGAGCAAAGGCACGGGCAGCCGGAAGGACACCAAGAUGCGGAUCCGGGCCUUUCCGAUGACCAUGGAUGAAAAAUAUGUAAACAGCAUUUGGGACCUUCUGAAAAAUGCAAUUCAAGAAAUCCAGCGUAAGAAUAACAGUGGUCUUAGUUUUGAGGAGCUCUAUAGAAAUGCGUAUACAAUGGUUUUGCAUAAACAUGGAGAAAAGCUCUACACUGGACUAAGAGAAGUUGUUACCGAACAUCUCAUAAAUAAGGUGCGAGAAGAUGUACUAAAUUCAUUGAAUAACAACUUUCUUCAAACGCUAAAUCAAGCUUGGAACGAUCAUCAGACAGCUAUGGUGAUGAUUAGAGACAUACUAAUGUAUAUGGACCGUGUGUACGUACAACAAAAUAAUGUGGAGAAUGUCUACAAUUUGGGAUUAAUUAUUUUUCGAGAUCAAGUUGUACGUUACGGGUGUAUUAGGGAUCACCUACGACAAACGCUGUUGGAUAUGAUAGCCAGAGAGCGGAAAGGAGAAGUUGUAGACCGAGGCGCAAUAAGAAAUGCUUGCCAGAUGUUAAUGAUUUUAGGUCUCGAAGGACGAUCAGUCUAUGAAGAAGAUUUUGAGGCUCCUUUUUUGGAAAUGUCUGCAGAGUUUUUUCAGAUGGAAAGCCAGAAAUUUUUAGCAGAAAACAGUGCUUCAGUAUAUAUAAAGAAAGUAGAAGCUAGAAUUAAUGAAGAAAUAGAACGAGUGAUGCACUGCCUUGACAAAUCAACUGAAGAGCCAAUUGUAAAGGUGGUUGAGAGGGAACUCAUUUCCAAGCACAUGAAAACUAUAGUAGAAAUGGAGAAUUCGGGGCUAGUACAUAUGUUGAAAAACGGAAAGACAGAAGACCUUGCUUGCAUGUACAAGUUAUUUAGUCGUGUGCCAAAUGGUUUGAAAACGAUGUGUGAGUGUAUGAGUUCCUACUUGAGGGAACAAGGUAAAGCCCUUGUUUCUGAGGAAGGAGAAGGAAAGAAUCCUGUUGACUAUAUCCAGGGCUUAUUGGAUCUGAAGAGUAGGUUUGAUCGCUUCCUCCAGGAAUCGUUUAAUAACGACCGGCUCUUUAAACAAACUAUUGCGGGUGACUUUGAGUAUUUUCUCAACCUCAACUCCAGGUCCCCUGAAUACCUCUCAUUAUUUAUUGAUGAUAAGCUGAAAAAGGGAGUCAAAGGGCUAACAGAACAAGAAGUAGAAACAAUAUUGGAUAAGGCAAUGGUCCUUUUUAGGUUUAUGCAAGAAAAAGAUGUAUUUGAACGUUACUAUAAACAACACUUGGCAAGGAGACUUCUCACAAAUAAAAGUGUUUCUGAUGACUCUGAAAAAAAUAUGAUUUCUAAGUUAAAGACUGAAUGUGGAUGUCAAUUCACAUCAAAACUGGAAGGAAUGUUUAGGGAUAUGAGCAUCUCAAACACAACUAUGGAUGAGUUCAGGCAACAUCUACAGGCCACUGGGGUAUCUUUAGGUGGUGUUGAUCUCACAGUUCGGGUGCUCACAACAGGUUACUGGCCCACUCAGUCAGCCACACCAAAGUGCAACAUCCCACCAGCACCAAGACAUGCUUUUGAGAUAUUCAGAAGGUUUUACUUAGCCAAACACAGUGGUCGACAGCUCACACUCCAGCAUCAUAUGGGUUCUGCAGAUCUCAAUGCCACCUUUUAUGGACCAGUUAAAAAGGAAGAUGGAUCUGAAGUUGGUGUUGGAGGGGCACAAGUAACUGGCUCUAAUACGCGGAAGCAUAUAUUGCAAGUCUCCACUUUCCAGAUGACCAUAUUAAUGCUCUUCAAUAAUAGAGAAAAAUACACAUUUGAGGAAAUCCAACAAGAGACAGAUAUCCCUGAAAGAGAACUUGUUAGAGCCCUGCAGUCCCUCGCCUGUGGUAAACCAACACAGCGGGUUCUCACAAAGGAACCCAAGUCAAAGGAAAUAGAAAAUGGUCACAUAUUUACAGUUAAUGAUCAGUUCACAUCCAAACUACACAGAGUCAAGAUUCAAACAGUUGCUGCCAAACAAGGUGAAUCUGACCCAGAAAGGAAAGAAACAAGGCAGAAAGUAGAUGACGACAGAAAACAUGAGAUAGAAGCUGCUAUAGUGCGGAUAAUGAAAUCUAGGAAGAAGAUGCAGCACAAUGUGUUAGUAGCAGAGGUAACUCAGCAGUUGAAGGCUCGAUUCUUACCAAGUCCAGUUGUUAUUAAAAAACGUAUCGAAGGACUCAUUGAGAGAGAAUAUUUGGCACGAACACCUGAGGAUCGCAAAGUAUACACAUAUGUAGCAUAAAAUGCAUUCAGAAACUUGAUUUAUUAUUGGACUGUACUCUUCGCAUGGACUGGGAAGUUCUUUUAAAUCAUUAAAUAUUAAGACGACCAUCUCUUCUAUUAAAUUACAGUACAUGUUUUAGACCAUUCAGAUCAAGCCUUUACUCCCUUUGAGAGUUUUCAACAUCAGUUGAUUGAGCUUCAGGCUUUACAACGUUUAUCCCUGUAGAGAUCAUCUUUACAGUUCCUCGGGAAAAUGUGAAUGUGCUGCGUUUUGUUUUCAAUACUGUAUGAAAACAGGAAAAAAUAAAACAAAAUUUAGAAAAUACAGCUCAUUAAAAUAAAAUUGUUGGAUUUCA